ACAUAUAUACGCACACAAACACAUAUGCACGAGAUCGCCGAUGCUUGGUGCGCGUAGCGAAGCGAGGGAGUCUCGAAGGCGGUCUUCAGUUUCGGUUAAGCAUUCAUCGAAGUGAGAAUACAUCUCACUCCUUCUGUCUCCUCCUACACGCCGCCGUCUCCCUCGCCGAGUCACCCUGGGCCGGCCACACGAGAUUUCGGCUUCCGGCUUAAAGUUUUAACAUCCACCUACAACGUCGUUAUCCUCAAGGGCGUGCUCAAAAGAUUUCCGUUCACCAGCCACGGCAGUAUGAGCCGACGUUAUUGCGGGAUCGACCUCGGUCGGGACCACGACGGCUCGCGACGGAGAUUCUCCAAGGACAACGUUUCGCGGGCUUGAGCGGAUUAGGAUGCGACGAGGAUGAAGAUGUGAAGAGACACCUCCGUGUCGACGAACUGUUAGCGCAUCACACGUGAUAACGUGAGCGACGCGGUGCUUUAUCAACGUCUCGCGAUGAUCCGAGGCGGUCGUCCAAGGCAAUUCAGGAUUUUAAUAAGACCUCCGCUCACAGACAGGCCCGAGGCCCAUGGUGCUUGUCGACGGGGCAGCGAUGCCUCUUCCUUUUCCUCCUCUUGCUCUUUCUCUCGCUAGAGGUAAUAUCCGAUGCACUUAGCGCGUCGAUGGUAAUUGGCACCUCGUAGCGAAAGAAAAAAGGACAGCGAGAGAGGGAGCGUGUGUAAAGUGUAACAAACGAAGUGCGGGGAAUUGUUUCCUGCGGUGGCCGGAGGGUGGUUUCGUCCGUUUAUCGGCUGUUUACCUACGAGCACGCGCGCGAUGUCGCAACGAAGAAUGCCGCGAAGAAGAGACCCCUUCUCCCUGAGGACGCGAACAGAAUCAUCGCUAAGCGGGACGGUCGAUCAGCAGCAGUCGGAGCUGUUGCUGCAAAUAACUGACAAACUCGUCAAGAUCGAAGGAUGCAAGGACAAUCCGGAUAUUUGCGGUAUGGAGGCGGCCUGCCGCAUCCUGGGGAAUACAUCGGAUUGCGUGUGUCCUCACGAUGCGUCUCCACCUACAGCGGACCUGAAGUGUCCGAUACGAUCAAUCGUUCCUCCAAUGCCUCGCCCUAUACAUAACAUAAUACCACCUAAAAUCAACGGUACGAACAGUACGACUGGACUCCCGGAGGCUGAAGAGGUGGAAGGUCUGAGGCCCAAAGUACCUGAAAUAAUAGGGAUAGCUGUAGCUUUCGCCGUAGUGAUCAUGAUUAUACUGGGCAUCGUAUACUGCGUAAAAAGACGGAGUUACAGCGUCAAGUCGCAGAAAAAUUCUCUCGAUGGCACUCCGAUAAACCUGAAGAAAGGCCUGCUGUUACCGAAUAAAUACACGCCGAAUCCUCAGUACUUCACCUGCACUUCGCCGGAGGUCUCAAUCAUACAACGCGACAGCCUCGUCUUCUUGGAAGACAUCGGCGAAGGAUGCUUCGGCAAGGUCUACAAAGGUGAAUGGCACAACGGAGACACGAAGGAGAUUGUCGCCGUGAAGGUGCUGAAGGAUACGGCGACGCGCGAAACCGAAGAGGACUUCAUGCGAGAAGUGGACAUCAUGUCCACGUUCAGCCACACGAACAUCUUGUCGCUGGAGGGGGUGGUGCUGCGCGAUGCAUGCAGCAGCCCGUGCAUGGUCUUCGAGUACAUGCCGCAUGGUGACCUCGCCAAAGUGCUGCGAGCGAAUUCACGGCAAUUGAGAUCGCCGAGCUACGGACUACAGUUGUUGACGAUGGAUUCCCUACACUGGAUAUCGAUCCAAAUCGCGGCCGGCAUGACUUAUCUGUCGGCGCAGCGAUUCGUGCACCGCGACCUGGCAUGCCGAAACUGUCUCGUCGGCUCGGACCUGAUAGUGAAAAUCGCCGAUUUCGGCAUGUCGCGAGACGUUUACACGUGCGACUACUACAAGAUCGGAGGGACGCGUCUACUUCCGGUUCGAUGGAUGUCACCGGAGAGUGUGAUGUACGGGCGAUUCACCCUCGAAACCGACGUUUGGAGUUUCGGCGUCGUUCUCUGGGAAGUCUUCUCCUUCGGGAAGAUACCCUAUUACGGCCAUAGCAACGAAGAGGUGUUGAAACUCAUACGUCAAGGAACCGUCUUGAUACCACCUGACGAGUGUCCGCCUAUUGUUUGCCAAAUAAUGCGAGACUGCUGGAAGAGCAAGCCGCAGGAUCGCAUCAAGUUCCCUGAUAUUCUGGAAAGGUUGGAGAAGGCGCAGAGUAAACUGAUCCAACAAGGGACGUUGCCCAGACCGCCUCAAGGACCGGUAACAAUACGUACCCCGGAUGUCUUGGACCCAGACGGUUAUCUGCUUCCUGCCCCUGCGAUUCCUCAUGAGUAUCUGCAAACUCUUCCGAUGCUGUCUGAUUGAUGCUAUACAUGCGAUGACAAAAUCGUGUGAACUUUGACUCCUGAAGUGAACGCGAGUGCAAGGGUGCACGCGAUGUAUACGCGCGAAAGAAACUGAAGAAGUGUGAGACGAAUCGAACUGCUCGAGUGAGGUAAAGAACACUCGCGAUACUCCGAUUGUGAGAUCGUCCUCGUCGGUUCACGGUGCCGCCAGCUGAAAAGUUCAGAAUAUGAGGCACGUAGUUCUCUCUCUCUCUCUCUCUCUCUCUCUCUCUCUCUCUCUCUCUCUCUCUCGUCUCGUCCCCAGUCAGAACCAUAACGUUGAUUUGACGUUGAUAUUGGAUAUCGCUGAAACGUUGAAUCAACGUUAAUUCAAUCCUCAUCGACGUCGAAUCAACGUUAUGAUUCUGACUGGGUCGCGUUGUUCGGCAGAAACAAACAUAUUGAUAUCUGUCCGAAAAUACAGCCAAAUUUUCGCGGCAGAUGUUGAUCGAUAUGUUCAGAAUCGACUUUCCGUGUCUGGAAGCCGUAAUCUAAUUCGUGAAGAAUAUUGAGCUAGGGCGCGAAAAGAAAAUCGACUCCGGAGCAAUUCGUUUUAAUCAGUUGAUCAUCGUCCAUGUUAAUGCAUUGGUUGGUCGAUUAAUAAACUGGAAACCUCGGAACUAAUAUCAUGGUACAAAUGUAUGCUUACGCUACUUCGAUCUUCGUGCACUGAGAGAAAUAUCCAAAACGUCCAAUUGUUAACUUUAUUAUCCGAUCAAAUGUCCGAUAUAUUUCGAACGAUGUAUUAUCGGACGAAACUAAUAAUCGGAUAUUUCGGAUAUUUUUCUCGGUGCGAUAACGAUCCAAUUUUCGUUAAGUUUUCGAUAAAUGUAAACUCGUUAUGUCAGGAAUAUGAAAGCUUGAAACACUGAAGCUUUCAGAUGCCCAUGAGAUAGUAUUAAUAUCGACUUUAUAUUAGAAUUAUUUUCACGUAUUUUCUACUAUUACUGAUGUUUCCAAAAAUAUAUCAUAAUUUCGAUAAUUUGGUAAAUUCUCCAAAUUGAUGAAGACGCACAUACGCAAAAUUUCAUAUCUGCGAUCUUAUAUCGAUAUACGUACCUAACCUUGCAAAGUCCAUAGAAUAAGACUUGUAAAAAGAGCGAGUAGGGAAGGCGUUUUAAAACUAGUUUACGCAUACGUUUUUGAUAUGGUAAUUGUAAUAUAUUAGUAAUUGUAAUAGUAUUGUAACUGUAAUUUCUAUUAAAAGCUUAAGAAGCUCGA